AUGAUGAUGAAGAACUGCAUCAUUUUUGUGGUCGACGACGGCGAGCAGCGCGUCUGCUGCAUGAAGAAUGCAGAACUACUCGAUUUUGGCAUGGAUUUCAAUCAGGGAGGCGCCCUGGGGGGUUACUUAGGCUCUUUUGUCAUGCGCUCUGGAAUUGAGCGACGGCGGUAUUCUGGCACCGAUAUUUUCAACGUUAUCCUGACGCGGUACAUUCUCGCUAUGUAUCCUCGACAUUAUCUGUCGAUGCUACCUUCUAACGCCACCUGCCGACUUCGACGCUAUGUGUUCACACUUUCUUCACGCUGA